GAUGGCACAAAUUUUAAUUCUGGAAGCAUUCUACGGCGGAUCCCAUAAGCAACUGAUAGAUGUUUUGGCAAAGAAUCUCAGUGAGGAAGAGUACGACCUCCUCACUAUACCGGCAAAAAAAUGGCACUGGUGUGCGCGGAUGAGUGCACUGCACUUUGCCGGACACAUUUCCACAACCCACCGGUACCAAACCAUCUUCUGCAGCUCGGUGCUAAACCUGUCGGAACUGAUCGGAAUGCGAGCGGAUUUGGCCCACUGCAGGAAGAUUGUUUACUUUCACGAGAAUCAACUUUCUUACCCCGUUAGAGAGAGUAAGCAGCGUGAUGUACAGUACGGAAUCAAUCAGAUAACAACGUGCCUUUGUGCUGAUCGGGUGCUUUUUAACUCACGGUACAACAUGACCUCCUUUCUGGAGCGUAUCCCAUCGUUUUUGAACAUCGUACCGAACAUAAGCUUCAAGGGUGUGCGAGACCAAAUCGCUCCUAAGUGUGAAGUUUUGUAUUUUCCUAUUGAAUUUGGGAAACUUGAAACGAGAUCUGCAAAAACGGAGGACGACAAAGAAAGUAAACCUCUGCACCUAAUUUGGCCUCAUCGGUGGGAGCACGAUAAAAAUCCUGAACAGCUUGUAGAGGCAUUGUUAUCUCUUCAAGAAAAAGGAGUAUAUUUCCACAUUUCGAUACUCGGAGAACGGUUUGAAACCAUCCCGAAAUGUUUCGAAAAGCUCGAGGAACAACUGCCCGGUAAAGUGGUACAGUUUGGACCUCUCUCUCGGGACGACUACAGGCGCCGGUUGACGGAAGGUGAUGUGGUACUUUCUACUGCCUUGCACGAGUUCUACGGAGUAGCAAUGCUUGAAGCCGUACAUAGUGGAUGUGUUCCGCUUGCUCCGAAUCGGUUAGUUUAUCCAGAACUAUACGCGAAGGAUAAACUUUUCAACACGACAGCACAGUUGGUAAAGCAGUUGUACAAUUGGUGUCGUAAUCGUGCCCUGUUCGAGAAGCAUCGUGAUAUCUUUUUUGGUCAGAUCAAUUUGGAUGUUUAUUCGGCUGAGAAAUUGGUUCCACAAUUCGUCCGUAUAAUCCGGAAUGUGAGCUCUAAAGCAUGA